UCAGCUAGAUAUGUUUGUUUCAUAAAGAUGACCAUAUGUACAAUAUUAUUUCACUGCGCUUUGCUAUGCUCUUUCUUUUUUACAUUUGGUUUUUCUUGAGGGCUGCAUACUUUUAUGGUAUCUUAAACAAAAUGAUGAAGGUGUAACACCAUUAUCUAAUUUAUGCAGAGCAUUGCCAGCUGAACCUUUAAUUAAUAAAGGUUAUGCAGUAUGCCGGCGUGUGAUUUGGUGGAUAAUAGCUGUUUCCAAGUUAAUGACUAACCUAACAAUUGUAGUAACCAUGCCAUUUUCACUUUGCAAAUUGGUAUGCACGUUUUGUAUGAAAACCAUCCUAAUUGUUUUUCAAACCUGGAUGGAGUUGGUAAAGGCAGCAGUUUCCUUCCAUGUGAAUAUCUUCUGGAAAGCAAUAAUUUGGACGGUUGCUCUUAUAUCUCUUCCAAUACGAGUGUUGACUGCCUUGCAGAGGGAAAGACUGCUGCAACAGCACCAGCACCAGCAUGAGAUGCAGUUUGAGCUGGAGACUCUUGUUUGGGACAGGAAAGAGCUGGAGGACCAUCUCCAACAGGCUGUUAGAGAACACAGACUUAUGGAGUCGAUGUCAAUAGAACUUGAAGAGGAACAUGACAAGGCUGUUGCCAGGAUUGAACUAUUGGAGAGUAAGUUGCAGGAUUUAAAGGAUGAAAACCUUCGGCUGAAAGAAAUUCAAGGCAAAGCAGCAUGGACCUUUAAAGGUCAUGAUGAUGAUGAGACAAAUAAAAGCAAAGGUGUUAAUACUGUUGACAAUCAUGUCAUUCCCUAUAGUUGUAUUGCAUCAUGGAUUUCCAGUUAUAAGGAAAGUGGCAUCUCCUUCCAAGACCUGAUGAUGAACAAACAAGUAUGGGAGGAGAGGAGCAAGAGUAAUGCUGCACUGUUGGAUUUCUUGAAAGCUGGCCCUGCACCAAGCGGAUCUGUACUGCAACCAUUUACGCCCAGUGUUAUUCCAAAUUUAGAUGUCGACACACUUCUUGAACAACGAAGAGAGAUUGCACUUUCACAAACUCUUUUUAGUGCAAUUUUAUCGCUUUUGGUUGGAAUGAUUGCGUGGGAAGCUGAAGAUCCUUGCAUGCCUCUUGUGGUGGCUCUCUUCACUGUAGUUGGCAUGUCACUUAAAAGUGUUAUUCAGUUUUUCUUCACUAUAAAGAACAAACCUGCUUCUGAUGCAGUUGCCCUCUUGAGCUUCAAUUGGUUCAUACUUGGGACACUCAGUUAUCCUACACUGCCCAGGGUUACCCGUAUGCUGGCUCCACUGGCCUUGAGCCUAGUGGACAGGAUAGCAAGCUGGCUUAGUAUCGGAUUCAACUAGCUUUUAUAUAUAUAUAGAUAAGGUUCAUCAUCUUAAUGUUCCUAUAUAUAUAUAUAUAUAAUUGUCUUUUGU